CGGACCGUCCUCACGCGCAACGAACCCUCGGCCCGGAGGAAUAUUGAAUAGCUAUUAUCAGUACGGGAAUGCGAGUCUGACAUCCUAACUUAAACGCAAGAUUGCUGAGUGGAAUCUGUGAGGGUCUGCAGACAACAGAAGUGUGUAGUGUGUGUCCGUUGAAAAGACCGCUUCCCCUCUGCUGAUAAUGAAGCACCAUUUCCACAUGAGGAGGCAUUGACUCCGGCGCAACCCUGUCGCGCCCACAGCGCCCCCUCUCGGCCCGGACGGCCCACCAUGCCCCGGCCAUGAAGGGCUACCAGGUGAGUCGCAGUUUGUCGCAACACUCCUCUGGGCCUUGCUACUGCAUGCCUGAGGACUGUGACACUGCACGGGACUAUAUGCACCACCCCGACCACUACCAGGGGCACAAUGACCACCCUUACUACCCGCCUGGUGGCCCCCCUGAACCACUGGCCAUGGUCCCAUCUGGUGGAGGCACUUUCCCUCGGUCACACCCCAGUCAGCCACAACCCUAUGACUCCACCUGUGAAGAGUGUGUAUCCUCUGCAGGGCAUGGGCAUAGUCAUGGGGCAAAGAUGCACCGUAUCCCACCAAACCUUCUGGAUCAUUUCGAGAAACAGUUGCCCUUUCAUCCAGAUGGCUUCCACACCCUGCAGUACCAACGCACAGCCAGUGGGGAACAACGCAGUGAGAGUCCGAGUCGUAUAAGGCAUCUGGUGAACUCUGUCCAGCGCCUCUUUGCUAAGUCACAUUCACUAGAGGCCCCCUCUAAACGAGAGUUUAAUGGAACCCGUGGGGGAGAGUACCGGGACAGAGAUAAAGGGCACCGAAGUGGUGGUGAGGAAAGCAGUGGACAUCAUUAUUCAGGAACGCACCAAUCUCGUUCAGCCCGUCGGAACAAAAGCCGAGAACGAAGCAAGAGUGGAGACUCCCGCCACGAGUCUCGAAGCUCCCGCCACCGGAGCAAAACAGCUGGAUGGUGGAGCUCCGAUGACAACCUGGACAGUGACAGCAGCUUUCUGGUCGGUGCAGGUAGAGGAGGACGUGGAUAUCCCACCGGGCAUGAGACCCUGGAUGCUGCCAUCCAGGAGCUUACCUUGAGGAAAUCUAAGGGGCCACCUCCAGGAGAGUGCCUGGCUUGCACCAACAUAGCCAUGACAGGAGACAGUGGACACUCUCUGAAAAGGAGCACGUGGUCGGCCAUGACAGUCAGUCAGGCUAGAGAGGUCUAUCCAUCUUCCCGUGGAGGAGGAGGUGGAGGUGCAUAUGAAAAGGCAUUGGUUCCUCUAGAACCCAAAAUGAAGGAACGAUCACUCCACUAUCUGCAGGUUCCCUCAGAUGACUGGUGUGGUGGUGGGCCAUCUGACAGUGGUGGGGAGAUCCCUUGCAGACGUAUGCGCAGUGGCAGCUACAUCAAGGCUAUGGGGGACGACGACAGCGCUGACUCAGACUCCAGCCCCAAAGCCUCACCCAAAUCAGCCCUUAUUGCCCAGAGAGAAGCCUUCCGCCGCUCCGUCAGCAUGGACCAGCGCUCUUCCACCACAUCUAAGUACUCAUGUAAACAGUGUACAGACAUCUACCCAAACAGUCGAACCACACCUAAAGGCCACGCUCGCUCUCGUAGCGCCACACGCUCUCUGACCAGCGCUCAGCUGAGUGAAAGUCUGAAUCUGUUUGGAGAAAUGGAAUCACAGGCUGUCGAGGCACUGGACCUACCCGGAUGCUUCCGCACCCGCAGUCACAGCUACGUUCGGGCUAUCCAAGCCGGCUGCUCCCAGGACGAUGACUGCCUGUCUGUCUUUUCCAUGUCAGGCCCACAGGGGAGCAUGAAGGGCGAAGCAGUGUUCCCAUACAGGAAAGGACCCCCUCCUCUUCCCCCUCGCAUGUCCAAGCCAAUGAUCUCUGUGACCGCUCAGAGCAGCACUGAGUCCACUCAGGACGCUUACUUCCAGAGUACAGGACAGCCCGCACUGGUCCGGCCCAGACAGCAGAGCAACUCAGUGGACCUGACUGAGAGCAGUGGGGGCCGUAGCUCCAGAGGUGGGCACUAUCUUGGCGGGGGCACUGUGCGUGUCAGGCAGAGUAGCAACUCCGUAGAGAGUCUGAACGGCAGGGCCCUUCAGAGCAUCGCCUACUCGGGUGGACCUGGUCCACUGAAACCGAAACACAGCAGCUCAGCUGAUAACCUUCUAGAGGGGCCCAGGGGAUCUAGGGACCGAGCUGGAGGCAGUCUGGGAAAAUCAGCCUCUCUGCCCCAGAACAGUAUGUCCCUUGCUAAAGCUCUGACUGGAGGAGAGGAGUUCAAACAGGAAGGACGAGGAAGGAAGUGGAGACCCUCUAUUGCAGUGCAGGUGGACAGCUCAGAGACAUUGUCUGACUCAGACCCAGAAGGCAAAGCGCUGAGAGAGGUGCACUCCAUAGGGGUUCAGGUGGAGGAUGACAAAAGACGAGCCCGUUUUAAACGCUCCAACAGUGUGACAGCGAGUGUCCAGGCUGAUCUUGAGACAGAGGGUUUUGGAGGGCUGACAGUCCCCACACAAGACAAGGGCCUGCAGUUUGGCUGCUCAUUCCAGCGGCACUCAUCUGAACCAGAAUCAGCCGGUCAGUUUACAGAGUAUCGCACAGUGCAUACACAGGGCCAGUGGGCCUACCGUGAGGAUUACCAUAGUGGUUACACCAACGAGCCUGGCCCUCCAGAACUCAGGGCCUUGCACCGCUCCCACUCCCCUCUGCCCCUGGCCCCUGAGCGUGGAGUGGUAGGCUGGAGCGAGGGCCCAAGGAGCCUCCCUGAUUCAGGCCGAGCCUCGCCCUGCUUACGAGAUGGAGAGUUCUUCCUUCGGCUCCUUCAUACAGAAGUGGAGAGGAUGGAGGGAUGGUGCCAGAACAUGGAAAGAGAAGCAGAGACGAAUGAACUGCCAGAAGAGGUGUUGGAGCUCAUCAGAGGAGCUGUCGGCAGUGCUCAGAUGCUCAUGUCACAAAGAGUCCAGCAGUUCUUCAGGAUGUGCCAACAGAGUGUGGAUCCUUCAUCAUAUCCUCAGCCCAGCACUCAGGAUCUGGCCAGUUAUUGGGACCUCCUCCAGCUAGCCAUCGAGGACAUCAGGGUGAAGUUUCAGGACCUCCAGCGGCUGAAGGACUCGGGCUGGAGAUUACCUCCUGAGAAGAAGGAGGACAAGAAGGUUCCACCACCAUUACCAAAGAAGCCAGCCGGUGGCGUGACGGGCAGCUUGCGUGCUGACAGCACAACCGAGGCCGGAGGCAUGCUUGUGGUCUCACGAGGACGCAGCGUUCCCGAACGGGAGAAAUCGCUGGAUGUGGGCGACCGGCAAAAGCUGGAGACACGGCGCAGGCUGCUCCAGACCAAACGCUCAGCCUCUUUCCGUCAGAAUUCUGCCACGGAGAGCGCUGACAGCAUCGAGAUCUACAUCACAGAGGCUCAGACGAGACUCUGAGUCACUCGGACCCCCUUAAACAACUACUAUGGCUCUUCUCCGGCCCUCUGCACAGACGUCCAUGUUACAAAGCAGCCAGAGAGCGAGUGCAAUUACUCACUUUAGUGUGAUGGAGAAUUUGAGGUGGCUUACUAGUAUGCUGCUGGUGUUUUGAUGUGAGCGUACACAUUUUAUUUUCAAGUGUUAUUUAUUCUCAGAAAAAAAGGGCUCAACCAGCACAACCAAGUGUUCCAAGAUUGAGACUUGUGCAAGUACACAAAAUAUAUAAAAAUGUUAGGACUGUUUUAAUGAACCACGCCAACACAUACGGGUGCAAUAUCAUAUAUAAAGAGGAUCUUAUCUUGUUAUUUUAAAUAAUAGACCUUGUUUUGAUAUAUUCUAGGCUGUGUAUGUUUCUUAACUGAUCCCACAGUGUGGCGGACGUAGCCCCUUUCACUGUGACACAAGCGCACUCUUGUGGUCAGAGUAGAGCAAUGCACCCUGAUGUAAAUUUGGGCCUGAAACUGAAUGUCUUAGCAGUGCAGUAAUAAAACUCCUGAAAGCAACUUUUGCAGUAUAGAUAAAUGCCUUUUUGAAGCCAGUUAUCAAAUUACCACAGGGAAUUAUCUCCCGUAUAGUGCAAUAUCACUUUGCAUUUGCAUUCAGGCUUCUCUCAUCAGCCCAGUGUGAAGACAAAUGUCUUUAAAAAAAUCUGAGAGGUAAAAAAAAAAAACACAACAGAAACACUCAAGCUCUGAGGCACCAGCCACGCUUCCUGAAAUAGGACAGUCUACAUCAUAAGACUCUUCAGAAACAGGGGUGCAGAAGACAAUCUUAAAUUUUACACGUGACCUGCACACUGAAAAAUGAUCAUUCAGAGAGUAGGGGAAGCAUCUUGUUCAUUUCACCCCUCCCCCUUUUAACGGAUGAAAACCCUCUAACAUGAAAUCAAUGUCAUGUGCCUGAGUGUUUUAUUUAUUGCGGUUGUUUAUGGCCCCUCUUUUUUCUUUCUUUCUUUCUUUCUUUUCUUUUUUUGCAGAAAUUAAGAAAUUAAUGAAUUCUUCUGGUCCUAGUUAUAUUUUCUCUCUUAAAUAUAUUAUGUUACUUCUUUGAAUUUAUCUGAGGUGCAAAAUAAUAUGUGACCAUGGACCACAAAACCAGUCUUAAGUGUCAAUUUGUUAAGAGACUGAAUAAAAAAGCUUUCCAUUGAUGUAUGGUUUAUUAGGAUUGGGUAAUAUUUGUCCGUGAUAGUACAACUAUUUGAAAAUCAGGAAUCUGAGGGUGCAUAAAAAUCUAAAUACUGAAAAAUCUGGCUUUUGUAGUUGUCUAAAUGAAUUCUUACCAAUGCAUAUUACUAAUCAAAAAUUAAGUUUUGAUAUAUUUACGGUAGGAAAUGUACUAAAUAUUUUCAUGGAACAUGACCUUUAUUUAAAUUCUAAAGAUUUUUGGCAUAAAAGAAAAAUCUAUAAUUUUGUCCCAUACAAUGUUUUAUUUUUGGCUAUUGCUAAAAAUAUACCCCAGCAACUUAAGACUGGUUUUGUGGUCCAGGGUCACAUAUACUUCAGAUCCUUUUAUAGAACAAAAUAAUCUGUGUCCACUUCACACCAAAAGUUAAUUUGUGGAUUAUUAAAAAAAAAGAAAAUUGCUGUGUUAGUUUAUGUGGUGAAGUUUUGUGCGUUCAUUAUGUGUUGAUUAUGUGUGCAUUCAACUUCUCAAAUGGGUAAAAGCAAACUGGAAACAAGAUCACACAGUAAUUCUUGCAAAUUCCAUUGAUUACUUUCCUUUUUUUUAUGAAAAAAUGUUGAUUGCAUGAACGAUCUGAACUUUUUUUUUUAUUUAACUAUGGACAAGGUAAUGGAAUAAUGGAACUAUUUUAUUUGGGAGAUGUAUAUUUUAUAAAGUAAAUUUUUAGAUUAGCAGAUAAAAAUAUGUUGUCAAAAGUGAUGUUAAAAUAUGUUAUAAAAGUGUCUACGAAUUUACAAAGUAGGGAUGUGACAGCUCUGUGGACUUUAAAGAAGUGGGCGAAUCACCGCUACAAACUUCAGCAGAAACGUGUUGUUUUCCUCUUAUUUCUUUUGUCAACGUCGAAACAGACUGGCUAAAGACUUUUGACAAAAGCAGAAUAGAUGCUUGACAGCUACUUGCCAUGUUGUCCAUGGGCAAAAAAUAUAAUCUGUUUUCUAUGUCUUGACUAUUUACACGUGCCUAACAGCACUAUGUGUGGCUUUUUUUUUUUUUUUAAUCUAACUAUUCAGUAUUAUAUUCAAUACGAAAUAUAUAACUCACAGAAUAUGUAUUGCUCUGAUAAUUAGAUUUGUUACACCUGAUCCAGCUAAUAACCACCUCACACUGGAUGUUUAUAUGUAACCUGCAUGCUUUUAUUAAUCCAUGAAAAUACUGAACAAACUCUAUCGAAACUGUAGCUCUUUAUUGUAGUCUGGAAAAAGGGCAGGGGUAUUUAUCAAAUUAUUUAUAAUAACUACACCUACAUUUCUGUAUCUAAACUUGUUUGACUUUUUUUUUUUUAUCAAUUAAUUCCAACAUUUUUUAAGACAUUUGUAC